AUGGCGGCCUUAGGCUCGAGGAAGAGGCCACCUAGAGACACCGGCCAGCACUACUGGUUGCUCUCCCCGACUGCUUGUGUAGUUUGCUUGAAAAGUGGGAUGCUAGCAGACAGUCUACUUCGAUGGGUUAGCAGUUACAAAAGAGUAAACAGUUUUCAAGAUUUAGCUGACGGUGUACUCCUUUAUAGUUUGCUUCAGCAAAUAGCACCUAACUACUUUGACAAUACCUUUUCCAAUCCUCUAAAUAUUAAAAGUAAUACAAGUUAUAACAAUGUAAACUCCCUUAUUCAGCGGCUUAAGAAUUUUUAUAAAAAGGAACUUUCCAUAGAGGUUAAAAAAAUUGAAUUUCCCGACUCCUUUUUAAUCACCACAGAAGGAAAUGUUGAAGAAAUUUGUAAGUUGAUAACUCUGAUUCUUGGAGCAGCCGUUUUUUAUCCGCCAUCUAAGGAAGUUUAUAUAUCAGAUAUAAUGAAGUUGAGUGAAGAAGUUAAAAAAGAUCUUAUGAAUGUUAUAAGCAACUUAUUAAGGGUCAAUCAAAAAUUUUUGGUGAGUCUUAAAGGGCUGGAAGAUGGUGUUGUUCACGAAGAUUCUAUUUGUUCUUUGGUAGAGCAAAAUAACCAGUUGAAAAAGUCUAGGGAAAUUAGUGAGCGCAUACAGAAUUUGGAAGAUUCGCAAAAAAUCUACAAUCCCGUGGAAGGACCUGAAGUGAAUUCUUUAAAAGUUGAGCUAACACGACUUAAAAACGAAUUUGAAAAAUUAGAACUUGUUCAUGAUCUUAAUUUGCGAAAUUCUGAAAGUUAUCGCAUGAAAGUUUUAAAUUUGGAAGAGGAAAUACGUUUCUUAAAGAGCGAGGCUGAAAAGGUUGGCCCUUUAAUGGAUGAACUGGAGAUUAGCAAAAGCGAAUUACAGCGAUUAAAGAACAUUGAAAAAAACGUCGAAGCCUACAGGAAAAAAAUUGAAGAUUUGGAACAACUGAAACACCACAUGAAGCUUUUAAAGGAAGAGAAUCACACUUUAAAGAUUUUGUAUGAGAAUGUACAAGAUAAACUAAAGCUUAGCAAGGAGAGUAAAAAGAAAAUCUUAACACAGUGUACUGAAGCGGAAGAUUUGGCGAAACUUAAAAGCAACGAAGCCGCUCUCGCCUCAAUGCUCGAAAAUGAAAGAUGCGAAAUUUUGUCUCUUCUCGAGCAGAAGGAACUUGAGCAUGAAAGAAGCAUGGGAGCCAUCGUUGCUCUUACAGAGAAAGCCGAAGAACUGGAGAAAAGGCUUGCUUGCUCUGUUUCCAGCGACACAGAGCUAGGCACGCUGGAAAAACAUCGCCAUCGAGUGGAGGAACUCCAGCGGCAAUUGGAAGACUCUCAAGGCGUAGUAGCAAAGCUACUGCAGGAAAACACGCAGCUAACCAGCACGCUUUCCGCGUUGCAACUCCCUGAUAGUGCUGUAGCAGAACUCCGGGAGGAAAACCGCUUACUGAAGAGAACACUCGAGCAAAAGGAAACAAACUGGAACCAUGAAAAAAGAGCAGUAAUCACUCAGUUUUACGAAAUGGCCAUGAAAUACGAACAGGCGAGGCUAAGCGGGAACACCACUCAGUCGUCUAUUUAAAUUUUUACAUAGUAAAUUUAAGAAUACCUUUUAUCAUAUACAGCAAUAAAACUAUUUUUUUUAACGA